GUUUGCUGCUGCUAAUUGUAGUCGAAAAAUUCAAUAAAUGCAAUUACAUAAAAACAUGGAAAUUACCACGAAUAAUAAUAGGCCUGCGCGCCAAUUUUCCGCCAGCAGAUGAUGCAAAAUCUCGGAAAAUUGUGUUUUUCCCAUCGAGAGCAGCAGCGAUGAUUUCGUCAGUAUGUAAGAAGUCUGUCCCAUCUCUGCCUGCCCGAGCCCAAGUAAAUACGCUCUAAUGUGUGUGUGUGUGCGUGUGUUCUAUACAGUUUUUUUUAUUGCGCAUCAUUGUGUGCAAUAGCGCGCGUUCUGACCUCUCUCUCGCUCCCGCUCAGCUAGAGCGCGGCUGUGACUGUUUUAGUGCGUGUUUUGUACAUAACACGCCGGAAAAGACACAACGAGAUUUCUUUGGGAGGCGGGCGGCAGAGCGAGAUAAAAAAAAUACACAAAUAUUAGCGGCUUUUUUUGUUCGAUUUGGGGAAAGAGUUAAGCUGAGAUAACGAAGUAACCCGACACAUAUAUGUGUGUGAGUGAGAGUGUAAGAGCAGUUUAUAAAACAAAAAGUUUGCCUGUCGUUUUCAUUCCAAUCGUCGCGCUUAUCGUUUUACUAAAAUAAAUUAUUGUUUUGGUUUUGUUUACGUCUAAAGUGACCUGACCAGAAUUAGCCCGAGCUUCGCGACCCAAAUGCGAGCUACCCAACUAUGGCACCAGCGCUCACAGCCGAGCCAUUAAGCCCCAAGGAGAAGCUCACCAGUACCGCCUCGCCUUCGGCCCGCAGCUCCUCUUCGGACAGCGGCGCAGUUGCCGGCGGCGGCACAGGAGGAGCAGGUCCAGGCUCAGUGGCCAAGAAGCCAUCGACGCCCACGCCGGCCACGGCCACAACGCGCGUCACCCGCUCUCGGGAAGCUGCAGCCGUAGCUGCCGCAGCAGCAGCAGCGGCGGCAGGCGGUUUGGCAUCAUCGCCGGCAGCCACUAUUCCGCAACUGCGAUCCUCGCAACCGAACAAUAAGCGAAAGUCCGGCGGCAAUAAGCCAAGCAAUGAACCAGCAAUGGGGCUGAGCACAGCCCCGACUCCACACAGUUCUAGCAGUAGUGCCAGCGCUGGUCCUUCCACGCCGGAUGCCGGUGUGGCCUCCACCAGCGCCUCACCAGCGGUGGUGGAGAAGAACAACAAUAGCAGCAGCAACACCACAAACACACACAGCAGCUCGCCUAAGGACAACUCCACGGCCCAGCUGCUGGCGGAUCUGACGAUCAACUUCGAGGAGGCUAUCUCCGCGGAGAUUUGUCUGAGGAAAACGCUGCCGGAAGUAAGCCUUGGUAAGGAGCCGGCCACAACGCCGGCAGCCGCCACGAGCUCCAGCUCGACCACCGAAUCCCCAGGUGUCAGCGGAGAGGCAGCAGCUGAGGAUCAGUCAAUUCCAGCCGAGGAGGAGCUGUCCAAGAUCGAAACAGAUAAUAUAGAGGAGCGCCUCAGUCAGCUGGAUGGCAAUGUUAUUGCCAUGUCAGAGGAGCUGUUGCCUCCUCCGCCUGAGCCAGAGCCACCAACAACACCUAGCAGGCAACAGCAGACGCCAGUCAAUCCGGCGCAGGAUUCCCCGCGUUUGCAAGCGACGCCACAACAGCAACAGCUGACGCCACAGAGUACCGCAGGAUCGAUUAAUUUCCUCAAAGAUGGGGCCGCUGGCGCUGUGCUAGAGGAUCAGGAUAUCGAGGAGGUGCUCAAGGCGCUGAAAACAUUCGACGGCGCCCAUGUCAAUCCAGAUGCUAUCUGUGAUUUCUUCAACGAGGUGUGGGAGGAGGCGCCACCCGCUGCGUCCAUGUCCGCCACGGCGGCACCUGCAAGCAGUGCCCCCGAGCUGCCAGAUAUAAAGCCCAACUUCAGCGGCACUAGCAUCCUUCCCAGCACCAGCAGCCUUUCCACCGCGAACGUAAGUGUUAAGCAGGAGCGUCCGUGGGAGGAGAGCCAUGCAGAGCUAGAGCAGCAGCAACAUGUGAUCACGCGCCGGAUCGAUUUUCUGCUGCGCCGGAUGCGUAAGUUCCAGGCCCGUCAAAUGUGCCGCCACGCCAGCGGAGAGGUGGCCGGUAUUCUGGAAUGGUCCGCCCGCAGUUCCCACAAGACUCCCAAUCCGGCCAGGAGUGCCACACUCUCCGAGCGGGAGGCAACUGUUCUGUCGAUUGUCUCUGGACGACCAGACUGUGCAUUCUGGGAGGAGCAGAAGAAGCAUCCACUGCCGGCCAGCCAGAUGAGCAGUGUAAUUCGGCAUAUUGGCACAGCGGCCCGGCAUCAGCAGAUCUGUCACACGGCCACCGGUACCUCGGCCACCUUGGCUCCAUCUUCCAGCUGGUUUAACAGCUCAAACUCCACAACGCUGCCGGGUAAGCGUCCGCGGAAGAAUCAGUUGGAUACGACGCCCGGAGCAGGAACAGCAGCAGCAGCGGGUCUUUCAGCAACUGGUGCAGCAGCAGUCAUGACGGGGUCAAGUACGGAUCCGAAUACGCCGCGGGCGGACGACAUUGUGCCCGGCUACGACACUUAUGUGACCAGCGAACUCACCCACGUUGCCGGUUUGCUGCACACAGAGCUGCGAGAGGUUCAGAACGCCAUUGAUUCUGAUGCCACAGAAUCCAGUUCAGGCGGCGAGUCCGCCGAUGAGAUGGUCACAUAUAACAAUACCCAGCAGCAAUCGCUACCCAUAGCACGACGCGCUGUUUGGCGUUACUCAAAAGAUCGGGCCGCCAUAGCCCUGCGAUGGUCGUGGGUCUGCUCACAGUUGGCCGAUCUGGAGAUGAAAAUCCGCCAGUACAAUGACCUCCAUGUGGAGCUUUCCCACUCCAAGGGGGAAGUCCGACUUGAGGCGACUGUUAGCCAGUCAGCGUCGCCUGCGAAUGGCCUAAAGGAGGAGCCGCCAUCCGAUAUGCUCUGCAGUCGGGCUAGGCCACUGGUGCUGUCAGAGUUUCGAAAGCGCAAGCUCUUCCAGACCACUAACAUGCACACAAUAUCGAAGAAGGCGGCGCGACCCAGCAACAUCAAGUGCGGCUGCCAGUGGCCCCAGGUGCCCUGCACCCUGUGUACAGGUCGAACGGACCCCACGGCGCCCCGUGAGCUGGUUGAGACGAUGAUGCCCGCCAACCGGGUGGCCCUGAUCGAUGCUGGCUACCAUCCAGUGCUCAGUUUUGCCAGCGAUGUCAGCCAGUCUGUUCACUUGGAGGCCGUUGCCCGCCAGCCGGACUGGCAGUAUCGCGUCAUGCGCUCUCAGGCCAAGGCCAUUGUAAAGGCCAUGUGGAAGGCGGAGCGCGAGACGCUAGCCUCCGGCGGUAGCGGCGGACAUGCAGGCAGCCGCCGGCCGGGUGAUGCGGUCAAGCGGCGAUAUAUACGCCGCAAGGAGCGCAACAAUAACUCAAAUAAGGAAGCGGGCAGUGGAGCAUUAGCAGCCGGAGGAGGCGGUGGCAGUGGCGUCGGGGGAGGGGAUAGCGGAAACGGUACUGGUACUGCUACUACUACUUCUUCUACUACGCCUACUACAACGCCACUUGUGGCCAACACAGCGGCGGCAACGGGCAGGAAGCAGCAACAACAACAACACCCAACUGGAGUGAACAAUUCCAGAUCGCAGUGGCCAGACUCUCGCCAACGCCAACGACAACGCCACCAAAGUCCCUCCUCAACCUCGAUCUCGGCACACAGCGGCGCUAAGAAGUCACGUAAAUCCACCAACAAUAACAGUAGCUGCAAUUCCAUUCAGCAGCAGCAAUCAUCCGGCAGCAACAUCAACAACCAUCACCUCAACGGCUACGGGGACCAGUGGGGGUCAGAGCAGAGCAGUAGCAGGAGUCGUCGCAACUCCUCGCCCACCCACAGUCAUCGAAACGAGAGAUCCUCGGAACGCCGUAUUCGUCCCAUCUACGACAUCGACAACAUCGUUAUACCCUACAGCAUGGCCGCCCAAACGAAGGUAGAGAUUCUCCCCUACAAGGAGAUUCCAACGCCCAAGUGGCGCAUUGUUGACAGCGACAGUGAUAAGGCGAAGCAGUCGGCGGAUGAGUCAGCGGAGUGCAAACUCAGCAACGGCAGUGUCCCAGCAACAGCGACGUCAGACGAGCUCUCCAACACACGAACCAAUGCCCUACACCCCCCUCAAGAACAAAAGCUGCUGGAUGAGCAGCCUCCAAAGGUCAACGGGAUUAGCCAGAAGGAGACAGUCGUUAAGCACAAUAACAAUAAUAUUGUUAACAAUAAUAACAACAAUAAUAAGAAUGGACUGGUAAAUGGCAAUGCCAAGACGGCUGAACCCAAGGCAGCGGCAGCGAAGCAGCACAAAGUGGAAAAGAAGGAGGAGAAGGGGAAGAAGCCUAAGCUUAAUGGCAACAUUUCAAAAAAUCUAAAUGCUAAAACUGCCGAACAUCUGGCCGAGUCAACUGCAGAGAUAGAGCCACCACUGCCCAAGCGGCUCAAGUUGGAUAAGUCCGCGGACGAGGUCACCAAGCCCAAGGCCAAUGGUCAGGCUAAAGCGCCCCUCAUAGAAAUGGAGGAGGAGGAGUACAAUGAGGAAGAUCUCUCAGAUGAGGCUUUCAUUGCAAGACAUCAACGCGCCCUGCUCGAGGAGCGUCGCCGUUUCGAGACGUUCCUCAAGUUUCCAUGGAGCACCAGAUCCCGAGCGAAUCGCCGUGCAGAUAGUCGCGCUGAAUCGAGCGGGGCCAACACUCCGGAUCCUGCCUCCCCUGCUCCACACCACGGCGGAACUGGGGCAGACAACGAAAGCAUUCCCUCGCCGCUGGCACAUCCACUGGAGGGGUUCAACGAGAGCGGCGAGCUGCUAAUGGGCGGCCAGUCGCGUAAAGCCCGCCGUCGCACAACGUCUAGCAAGCUUAAAGAUCAGACGGAGCGGCGCAGCACCACGCCCGAUCUGCGGGAGAGCCAUGCGCUGAUGCAACAACCGUCACUCUUUGAGCCUUUGGUCUUUCCACUCUCCGAGGAGGUCUAUCAGCACUUGUUGGCCGAGACCUACGCAACGCCCGCGUCAAUACCCAGCACAAAGCGGGCGAAAACCAAGUCCGUGUCGUCGAACUGCGACGGAAGCAGCUUCACAGGAGCCGGCGGUAGCAGUGGCAGUCGACGAAGCAGCAAGUCCAAGACAAAGCUGAAUAAUGGGCAGAUCAAUGGUCACCCAAUGGCGGCGAAGAUAGACGUUAUCGAGGAUGAAAUAGAAAGGGUAGCUUUAGAAGGAGAUGGUGGACUUUCAGAGCCGGAAGAGGAGGAUGUGCUGCUAGAGGUCGAGGACGAUGACUAUCCGAAGCAUCAUCUUGCACCGCUCGACGAUGAACAGGAAUCGACGCCAGAUGCUGAGCUGAAUCUGUACGAUUCGGCGAUCGAUGCGUAUCUGGGCGAUCAGGAAGCUCUCGAGGAGGACAUGGCCGAGGAUCCCUUCGAGGACGACGACCCCAACGAUCCGGAGUGGAAAAACCGGACCGACGGUUCACGCAGCAGACGCAUCUAACAAAAAACAAAAACAACAGCCCAAAGGAUAUAACUCGUUUUCGUUCUUUAAGUCUUUUUAAAUGAUUCGUCAAUUUUUAAAAACACCAACACAAUCGAAAUCAGCCCGCGCAGAGCAACAAUUUUAACUUGUUUUAAACGGAUUUGUUUGCACUCAUAACAACAGCAUUGCCUACUCCAAACAAUCUUCUAAGUUAUUUAGUUAUACGAUCCCGCAGAGAACAGCAAACAUAUAUAUAACACAAAGGAAAAAAGAAACAGAAACCAACUAAGAAAAACAAGAACACAAACAAAAAACUCUUGAAAUAAUCAAUGUAAAUACAAGCCUAACACUUAGAGGUAAGAAAGUUAUCGAUAAAUGUAAACUAAUUAAUCUGGAAGCGCUCUGACCAUUAUUGAGAUCAUCGAACGCCCUCACCACUAUACCACGUUGGUGUGUUGUGUUGUGGUGUGGUGGGGGUGUUCGGUUCAAGGGAUGGUCAUGUGUGGCGGUUAAGCAGAAACAGAAGAAACAAACCAACCCACUUGGGCUUCAAGCCAAAGUGUGCUAAGAAUAAAAAUAGUAAGCUAUCUUUAUAUAAAUAUAAAAACACCCAUUUAAAUAUAUAUUAUAUAUGCAUACAGACAUACAAAUACAUACGUGAGAAUGCCAAGAGAGCAGAGUUAGCUGAAGAUUUGAAAUGUAUUCGCACCUGCACGCAAAAAAGAUAUAGGAACUAAAAACAAAACACGAUAAAUGUAAAUUGAUCAGCUUAACCCUUACUCUAACAUGUAACGAAGAUGGCUGUAGGCCCCUAAUUCUUAUGUUUUGAAAACUUUAUCAACUGUAUAGAGAGAAAAAGAGAGAAAUUUUGAGGAAGAAAAGCUCGGAAUGUGAAAGAAACGAUCGAUAUGUAUGUAAAUGUACUUUAGUUGCUUAUGCGUUAUCAUUUAUACCUUAAAAGUUAGUGGCUAAUUAUAGAGAUUAAAAGCAUAAAAAAAGAAGCAAAACCUAGUGCGGCUAUGUCCGUAGAAAUGUUUUUUCUGAUUUACGUUUUUUACUAUAUACUUCGUAUGUAUGUUUCACCGCAAAGCUAGAAGCAAGAUUCUGUCGUUAAUACUUAAACAAAAAAAAAGAAGAAAUACAACCGAAAUGUGAAGAUUAACUAAGGACCGUGAAAAUACAGAACUUUAUAUUCGUACAAACUA